CAGCUCCUGCACUUCUGCCUCUUCCUGGGCAUCUCCCUGGCUGCCCUCCUGGCCAACGGCCUCAUCAUCAGCGCCGUAGCCUGCGGCCACCACCUGCACACCCCCAUGUUCUUCUUCCUGCUCAACCUGGCCCUCACUGACCUGGGCUCCAUCUGCACCACUGUCCCCAAAGCCAUGCACAAUUCCCUCUGGCACACCAACAACAUCUCCUACUCUGCAUGUGCUGCUCAGGUGUUUUUCUUUGCAUUCUUCAUCUCAGCAGAGUUGUCCCUCCUGACCAUCAUGUGCUACGACCGCUACGUGUCCAUCUGCAAA